CCGACAACCACACGGCCACGCCCGACCCCGCGAGAGAGUUGCAACGAAAUAGGCCGGCCGCUUCGAGAAGCCCCGUCAAGAUCAAGCCGCCUCCCCGGAAUCGGAAAUCGCCCACCCCAUUCGAUCGCUUCCACGAUCCAUCCACCCCCGUUCGGCGACGCGGCGGAGGAGGCAGCCGAGCAGCAGCAGGCGGAGACCCAGAAGAAGAGGAGAUGGCGGAGAACCCGCAGCUGUUCGGCAACGGGAUGCCGGUGCCCUUCAACGGCGAGAUGUUCGUCCUCGCGCGCGACGGCGUCGAGUUCAACGUCGACAAGAUCCCCUCAGCGCCUGGCGGCCACGCAAAAACCAAGGGCACCAUUUACCUCUCCAACAUAAGGAUGGUGUUUGUUGCCGCCAAGCCUGUUGGCAACUUCUUUGCUUUCGAUAUGCCCCUGUUGUACGUGCAUGGUGAGAAAUUUAACCAGCCGAUCUUUCACUGCAACAACAUUUCUGGAUUCGUUGAGCCGGUUGUUGCAGAGGGCCAGAACAGGGCUCUGUACUCGACCCACACCUUCAAGAUCUUGUUCAAGGAAGGAGGCUGUGGUACCUUUGUCCCUCUCUUCCUGAACCUGAUCACAUCUGUGCGGCGCUACAACCAGUUUGAAGCCCAGUCUGCUGCUACGCCCCGUGUGGACCCUCUGCAAGCUGCGCAGACCCCUGUCGACGAAAUGAUGCGCCAUGCGUACGUUGAUCCAAAUGAUCCUACCAAGAUUUUCCUUCAGCAGCCUGCUGCAGAAUCCCAGAUGAGGAGGAGAAACUACCACGGGCCUGCUGAUAACGCGUACUAAUGUUUUGGCCUGACUGCGAAACUUCGAUGAUCUAUGUAGUAGGGAAGGGCAUGUGUGUUUCCUGUCUUUGUGGUGAUUGUCAUUAAAGAAUGCGGUGAAGUAUAGUAUGAUCUCGGACAAUUGUGUAUUUCUCUGUCGGAUUCAGUCCAAAUGUCAGUAAUAAUGUACAUAUUGUGUGAUCUGCUUUA